UUCCUUGACCUCUCGACGUGACAAAAUGGAAACAUAAUCAGCGGCCGGUGACAGUUGUUAUGGGAGAAGGGGGGAGGUAAUGAUAAUGCCAGCCUAAUGCGUGGUCUCAACAUCCGAAAGGUCAGUCCUCCCCUCCCCACCCCUCUGCCAAAAAAAAGAAACCAUCAGAGUGAGGAUAGCAAAUCUCCUUUGGGCUCCUGCCUUUGCUCUUUUAGUCCCGUGUAUUUAUAGCUGGGAACAACUGUUACUUAAAAUGGAGAUUUAAAUAGGAGGAGGUGGUAUGUGUGCAUUCACACCCUGCCUCUUAUCUGUUCUUCCUUCAUACGCUAUCGUAACAUGCCCCUCUUUCUCUCUCCCUGUUUCUCCGAUCAGGGACUGUAAGCAGAACUGGAAGGGAAAGGCGAGGAUAUUUUUUUGGUUAUCCCUACCUCUUUUGUUGUUCGUUUUGCUCUGUGAAUAGUAUAUAAGUUUAACUUUUCCCAAUGAAGGGCACUUGGCUAUGCCUGGCCGUCUUCUCCCUGGCCUGCCUCUGCUGUAGGGCGGAAGACGGUCUCCACUUCCCCAGGUAUGACGGAAAAGACAGAGUUGGCAUCGUCGACAUGAAAAACUACCAGAAGCUUUUGCAAAAGUACGACAUCCUGUGCCUCAUGUACCAUCAGGCGGUACCUGCAGGAGAUAAAGUUGCCCAGAAGCGCUUUGACCGGGCCGAGCUGGUGCUGGAGAUGGCAGCUCAGGUCCUGCAAGACAAAAACGUUGGAUUCGGACUUGUCGAUGAGAAGAAAGAAGCCAAGGUGGCAAAGAAACUGGGUCUGAUAGAACUUGGGAGUGUGUAUAUCUUUAAAGGCGAUCACCUGAUUGAGUAUGAUGGUGAGCUGUCUCCUGAUGUCCUGGUAUCAUUUCUUCUAGACGUGACUGAAGACCCUGUGGAACUUAUCGAAACCCGGGCAGAGGUUCGAUCUUUCGAGAGGACAGAUGAAGUUAUUAAAUUGAUUGGAUACUUUAAAAGUGAAUCUUCUGAAAAUUACAAAGCCUUUGAAGACGCAGCUGAACACUUCCAUCCUUACAUCAGGUUUUUUGCAACUUUUAAUAAAGUGGUUGCAAAGAAACUUUCACUGAAGAUGAAUGAGGUGGAUUUCUACGAGCCUUUCAUGGGUGAUUCAAUCACUAUUCCCGAUAAACCCCAUUCAGAGGAGGAAAUCGUGGAGUUUAUUCAAGAACACAAAAGAUCAACUCUCAGGAAGUUGCGUCCGGAAGACGUGUUUGAGACAUGGGAGGACGACAUGGAUGGGAUUCAAAUUGUGGCUUUUGCUGAGGAAGAAGAUCCUGACGGCUAUGAAUUUCUGACAAUCUUAAAAGAAGUAGCACGAGAAAACACAAACAAUCCAGACCUGAGCAUUGUGUGGAUAGACCCAGAUGACUUCCCUCUGUUGUUUACUUACUGGGAGAAAACCUUCAAGAUUGAUCUCCAUAGGCCCCAGAUUGGAGUGGUGAAUGUCACCGAUGCCGAUAGUAUCUGGAUGGACAUUAAAGAUGAUGAUGACCUACCAUCAGCUGAGGAACUGGAAGAAUGGCUUCUAGACGUUCUCUCAGGAAAGGUUAAUACGGAAGAUGAUGAUGAUGAUGAUGAAGAUGAUGAAGAUGAUGAUGAUGACAAUGAUGAUGACGAUGAUGAUGAUGAAGAUGAUGAUGAUGAUGAUGAUGACAAUGAUGAUGACGAUGACAAUGAUGAUGACGAUGAUGAUGAUGAUGAUGAUGACGAUGAUGACUAAUCAUUGAUCUGUAAUCUUCAUUUAUCAACAAUGUGAACAAAAUAAUUCUAUAUGUUCAAAGGUAUUUUAAAACAGAUAUAAGUGUUAUUUGAGAGAAAUACUUGAAAUGAAUUCAAAUUCUCCUAACGAUCAAAGUAAAAACAGAUUUAAAAAUGAAAGACAACUGAUUUAUAAA